UACAGGUCCCGGCGCCCACCGCGGGCAGGGCCUGCGCGGCGUUGCUAGGUGACGGCGCCCAAACGACGCCUAGGCGAUCUGCGGGUACCGGAGCUGGCCAGUGAACGCUCCCGCCCGCGGCGCCUGGACAGACGACGAGGUUAAAGCCAAGGAAGGCCAAGAGGCCCCCAGGACCCUGCUCCAAAGAUGACCUACUAUGAAAAAUGCAUUGAGAUUGUGAUAAAGCAGCUUGACAAAUUUAAGCCUGGAAAGGACAAUCCUGAGCAAUUCGUGGAGACAGUAUUCACCUCCUUACAGCAGACUCUGAGCCCACAGAAGUUUGGGUUUGUUUUGGAGGUUCUGUCUGGCUGCCUUGAAUACCACAAGUUACUGACCAUCGUGGUGGAUGCCUUCUAUGCACGGGAUGGCCAUACCUGCCUGUGGUCCGACUACAGCCUCUUUGAGGUGAUCUGCUACCUGGCCAUCUUCCAGCUGGAGGAGCUUGGCUUCCAGCUUUUCUGCAGAAUCAUCAAGUCUCAGCCUGUUCGUAAGAUGUGCAAGUUCCUCAGAUUCUUCUUUAACCCCUUGAACCUGAGCUCAUGGAUCAAAGACGAGUGGAGCCUCAUCUACGAGACAGCCCAUGUGAUGGAGAACUGGAUUGACCCUCUGAUGAGAUGGCAGCCAGAGAUCCAGAAGCUGAUCAAACAACUGGAGGGAGUACCAACCGAUCAAAUUCCUGUCUUGAAGACCAAGGCCAAAGUCACAGUGCCCAAGGAAUUCAACCUGACUGUCCCAAGGCCCCGCGCCAUUACAAUGCCUGAGCCUGUCCCCACUAUGGACAAGCCGAGACCUGUCCCUCAGAGCACCUAUAAGGACCCCAAGGAGCAGAAGCUUCUGCAGGUCAUCAAGACAUACAACCGCCGGACAGCUGAGGAGCUGCUGCUGAAAGCCAACAUGGAAGAGCUACAGUGUGCCAUGCCCCGGCUGCAGAGGGAGCCACAAGAACAGGACGUGGAGAAGCAGCUGUGGCAUCAGUUUGUACCCCCCAUCCGCAGGACUCCAAAUCUGACCUUCUAUAAGCCUAACAACCUCCCAGUCAAGCUGAACACAGCCACCAUCCUUCGAGAAGGAGCCUUAUACCAGCGGCAGGUGGAGAAGGAGCUGCAGAGAGUUGAUAAACUUGUGGAUGGGGCUGGGGACUUCUCUGAAUUCCUUAAGUGGCAGAAGAAGAUGCAGGCACAGGACCUAGAGGAGCAGCUGGCUGCAGGCGAGUGCCGGCGGCUUCAGGGAAAGCUGAGCCACGAGGAGGCCAUCUUGGCCCGGCAGAACCUCAUGCAGGAAAACAAGCAGAAGGCCGACUGGCAGAAGGAGGAGACAGCUGAGCUAAUGCUGCAGUGUGCUGAGAGGCGCUUCCAAGAGGAGAAGGCCAUGAAAGAGCUGGUGGAGCAGGUCACAGAAGCACAGAAGAAUGUCAAGAUAGUCCAAACGAAGCUCGUGAAGGGCCGGCAGCAGAUAGUUCAGGAGGUGAUAGAGGAGAGUCGGGAGUUGCUACAGCGUAGCGCAAAGGAAGCCAAAGAGGAACAGAAGCGUCGCUGUGAGCUCAUUGCUCACCUUCGUGCCAUGGAGACACAGCCCACACGCAAGGGGAAGCUGGUGGACCUUACCCAGAUCCCAGGCUAUGGUCUGGAAGGUGAGAUGUCUGUUGUGGAACUUCGAGAACGGCUGGCCAUGCUCAAAGAGACCCAGAAACGAGAGCAAGAGGAGAAGCGGGAUCAAAUCAUCCAGGACAAACGAGCCAAGAGCCAAAUGAUACAGAACACAGUGGAACAGAUCUCACUGUGCCGCGCAGCCAUGGGCAGGACCGCAGCCUUGAGGUGGGAGGAAAAGAAGGCCCAGGCUACAAGCCCCGGGACACCCUCCCAGGAUGAGCGUGUGCUGGAGCUGAAGCGCAAAAUGGAGGAGAGGGCAGCUGAACGCCGCAGGCAGACAGCAACACAGCUCUUGUCACCGCCCCGGGCCCUACGUCCAAAUCAGCGGGCGCAGGAGGAGAUGCAGCACUGGCUGGAGCUGGACCAGAGUCGCGAGCGCAGGCUGCGGGCAAGGCAAGAGGCAAAUCGCACCUGCCACGCUACCCGUCACCUAGAGGCCUCCUGAGUCAGCUGGCAGCCCCACGCCAACACUGCGUGCAGCUGCCGACGUGACCCCCCCUGCCCCUACCCCUACGACAGUGGCUCUCUUCUUCCACCCCAGGCACAAAGCUUACCCUCUCCCCAGCUCCAGCCUGCUCCUGUAUGGUUGCUCCAGAAAAAAGUGUGGUAGUGUUUAGAAAUGCUGAACAAAAAAGUACUCUUCCUCUGGACUGCAACUGGCUGCCACGUUUUUAUAUGCCAAACCUGGCUCUUCCCUAUGUCCAGCAAGUCUUUUCAUAGGACUGGAAGUACCAAUCUCCAACCAGAACCAGUGGAUGUGCCUGGGACCCCGCAUAAAUGUGAGAUUGCAAAUGCGGUCAAAUUCUUAAGCAUGUGGCUCUGGACAGGCCCUUCUCAUGUCUCUCAUGGAUCAUCACAGUGAUCACAUUACCCAGCAACCCUCAUAGCCCACUCAUCUCCUGUUCUGCUAAUUAGGCCAUCCGUCCUCAAAGAGGUGACUCUGGCUUAAGCUAAUAGGAGGUACCUUUCAGGGUCCUCUCUCCAUUAUCAUCAAGAGCCCAAAUCCAACAAAAUUGGAGUCCUUGUGGACAGUGGCUCAACAGGGCAGAUGAGAUAAGUUCUAAGUUUCUCGCUUACUGCUGCUCUGUGCUGGGGAAAGCUGGACUUUAAUAAUAGGUGUGUGGAAUGAAUGCCUGCCAGUGAAACUUAGCCUGGAGAAUAAAGCUGCAUUGUGACGUUUGGUUCUUAGGAAGAAGAUGGUGCCAAGGCUUGGGGAGGGAAUAAGGCAAGGAGAAACUACUAGAUGGGUAGAUGUUCAGGAGAAAGAAACACCACCACACCUUGGCCAUCCUCCUUAGAUCUGCAGAUGUCCCUCGGGUGGUAAGGCAGUCUUACCCCAGGGUACUUCAGACCAAGAAAGACUCUUAGCAUUGACAGGAACAAAUUUGUCUCAGAAUUCUAUCCCAGUAUUGUAGAACUAACAGAAUUCCAAGGCUCUUGUACAACUCUGGCAGGGGAGUGGGAGGUGUUUAGGGGUUGCUAGGGACAAAGGAGUCCUUGUCUCCCUGUUGAAUUAGAAUUGGGGGCAGAUUCAGUUUUACUUAAAUAAGAAUCACAUUUCUUGCAGGUUUUGUGUGAUUCCAACUCAUUUAAAAUGGAGGGAUGAUCCUGGUGAUUUCAAGCAAGCCAAAGGCAGGCUAACAGGGAGGAUGACCACUGUCACUAUUCUAGGUUGAACCAGCUCCUGCACAGGAGCUCGUGUGCAUGGUGACCCAAAGUACAUACUGUGACAAGGGCUAGCCUCUCCACAGCCCAGCAAACUGGGGGGCACUAGCAGCAGUGCUGUUUGGCAGUCAGCAAGGUCUCCCUUUGCCUUUCUUUCUGGGCUGAGCUGCUGCUCAGAGACAGCUCAAGAGCACAGAGGGUGU